UGUAUGUGUCUUGACAGCGGUCGACCCGGCCGAACUCAUCGGGACUGGGGAAAGACUUUACCGCCGCUGCCGCCGCUUCCUUCCCGUCCAGUUUUAAACGGAUAAUUUAACAAAAUAACACACAAGUUUCUGGCGGAUUCACCGGACUUUUAACGGCUGUGGAUUCAGCCGUUACUUUCUUCUUCUCAGCGGUGUUCACACUGUUCGUUAUCCCGCGGCCGGCGGCUAGCAUCGGUUACUGCUGCUAAACAUGGUGGCCUGUCGGCAACAAGAAGAAACGAGUCCAGUUUGGGGAAUUUAGAGGAUUUUUAAAGCCACUUGGUCGGGUGUCCCUGUGAAGCUCCGCUGCUCUGGACACACUACCCCCCCCCCUCAUUUUAAGUUUUAUUCGGAGGUUCGUGGACUUCGGCGCGAGGCUGCCUUUCUGUUUACGUUGAAACGAGCGGCGGACCAGCACCAGUCCGUGUUUUGUGGACCGUGGGUAAUUGUAGUUUAGUCUAACUUCAGAAGUUGUCACCAGGCCGCCUCAAAGUUUUCCACCUGAUUUUGGGGAAAAAUUGCAAAAGACAUGCCCCCACUGAUGGGACAACGCGUCAAAUAGCGACACGGUUUAGUUUUCUGACCGUUGUGUUUCUAGUGCGGAUGACUUGACACAUAGAAAUGAAUUGAUGCACAAGUGCAGCCUUCUGGGACUACUUUUAUCCUGCGAGUUUCUUUUAACAGCCCCCCCCCAACCCCCUUUUUUGAAGUUUGAUUCCUUGUUAAUCUGUGGAUUAUUAUGGAUUAUUAUUAUGGUUUAAUCCAAACUGCAUCAGACCGGGAAUUUUGGAAAUAACUGCUGCUGCUGCUGCUGAUGAUGAUGAUGAUGAUGAUGACAGAGAAAAGCGAUGGUUCCCCUUCGUUAUGAUUUUGAGUAGAGAGGAGUUCAUUACAUGGAGACUCGCCUGACAUGCCAAGGAAGGAGUUGCCACUACCUGAGGGUUGGGAGGAAGCCAGAGACUUUGAUGGCAAAGUCUAUUACGUUGACCACAUUAACCAGUGCACCAGCUGGAUCGACCCCAGAGACAGGCACACGAAGCCUCUGACGUUUGCUGACUGCAUCGGGGAUGAGCUGCCGGUCGGUUGGGAGGAGGCGUAUGACUCCGCCGUCGGACCGUACUAUGUCGACCACAACACGAAGAGCACGCAGCUGGAGGACCCGCGGGCCCAGUGGCAGCGGGAGCAGGAGUUUAUGCUGCGGGACUACCUGGCCGUGGCUCGCGACGCGCUCAGCGCCCAGAAGGAGAUUUACCAGGUGAAGGAGCAGAGGCUCCGCCUGGCGCAGCAGGAGUACCGGCAGCUCAAUGAUGCGUGGAAGGACAAGUCGACGUCACAGACCAGCUUGAAUUCCAGAUCGUCCUCGUCCAGCAAGUAUGACCCAGACAUCCUAAAAGCAGAAAUAGCCACAGCCAAAAGUCGGGUGAACAAGCUGAAGCGGGACCUGGCCUGUAUGAAGCAGGAGCUGCAGCACAAAGAACAAGGCUUUGAGACCCUCAAAGAGAUUGACCAGAAGGUGUCCAACAGCCCGUAUGGUUACAAGCUGCAGGAGGCACAGACUAUACUCAGCGAGGUCCGCUCCAUUCGAGAUGUCAUCAGCUCUGGGGAGAAGGAGAAGCAGGAACUCAUGCAGAAACUGGCGGUGCUGAAGGACAGUUUCCAGCUGGACUCGGGCUCCCAGCAGGAGCUGUGGGGCAGCAGCCCGUCGCUCGCCAACUCGGAGCUGUCCAUCCCUCGGCUCUACUCCGACGCCGGCUCGCAGACCGACAUCCCCGCCGAGUUCAUGACCAGCACCAACAAACUGGCAGAGAAGGUCCGUGUGAGUCUGAAGUACGAGGAGGCCAAGAGAAGGUACGCAUGACUCUGGGAAGAGGAACGUGUGCCGGUGCAGAUCGCCAAACUGGACAGCGAGGCGUGGCCGGGGCUGCUGGACCCGGAGCGAGACCGCCUCAUCCUCAUUAACGAGAACGAGGCAAGCCAGUCCACCCCACCUGAGCAGAGAGAAGCUGGAACCCCUCAUCCUCGAUUAACGACUGAGGAGCUCUUAAUGGAGUCAUGCUUACAGCUACAGACGCACAACCAGAGCAAGGCUCUGACGGAGAGGCUGAGGCUUCACUGCAAGAGGAACAAGCUGGUCAGAGAGCUGGAGGAGAUGGUGCGACUGGCCACAUCACUACAUACUCAACUCAAAGGCCUGUCGGCCAGCACUCUGUCCUGUUCGUCCGGCAGCAGUCGAGGCUCUCUGACGUCCAGCCGCGGCUCGCUGGCCACCACCUCCAGCCUCGGCUCCACCUCCUCCCUAAGCUUCACCGACAUCUACCUGGAGCAGCCCGAGCUGGCUGACCCGGACUUCCAGAACAAGCUGGACAGCCUCCUGCAGGAGGGCGGCCAGGGAGGCUACCGCCCCUCCAGCUCCAUCACGACGAUACAUGAGCACGAAGUGGUGACGGGCUCCGGAGGGAGGGACGCCGAGAGGCCUGAGGGCACAGCAGGCGAGGUGCGAGGAGACGCGGGGUGUUCUGCUGGAGGAGGUUCAGGAGGAAGCGGCGGUGUCGGAGCUGAGUCGGGGUCGUCGAGGAUCCAGACGCUCAGACAGUCAGAAACCCCUCGCUCCAUGAGCUCCUUAUCGCCGCGGUCGUCUCUUUCCUCGCUAUCUCCGCCAUGCUCGCCGCUGGUCACAGACACUAGUUUCCUGUCUGGAGAGACAUUCGCAGGCCAGACGGGACCCGGCGGGUUGAGCAUGGAUCUGGAGCUCCACAGCAGGCUCGCAGAACUGGAGCUCAGCCUGGACUCUCAGGAGCAGCGGCAGGAGGAGCACGGGGGUCCCGUGGGGCUGGAGGAAAAGCAGAACCACAACACCACACUGGGCGAGGAGGUCAAAGACUCGGCUCCCGAGCUGCGAGGGACAGGGGCGGGGCCAAAGAAGAUGGGCGUGACCUCAGCGGUGUCUGACGAGUCGGUGGCAGGUGACAGCGGUGUGUACGAGCCUUCAGAGCGCAGGCCGGGCCUCCCCGCUGACCUCCCCCUGGGCUCCUACGAGGAGAGGUUGGCGCUCGGCUGCUCUCAGGUGCAGCUCAGCUUCCGCUACGAGUCCAGAGACCAACGCUUCACCAUCUACGUCAUGCAGCUAUCCAACUGCAGCGCCCUCUGUCUGCCGGCUGACCAGAAAAUGUAUGUGCGUGCGGCGGUGCUGCCCUGCGCGGAGGCCACGCGCUGCCUCUUCCGAACACGCGGCUCUCUGCCUCAGGACGUCGUGGAGGUCAACGAGGUGUUCAGCAUGCAGAUAUCCCACAGUGCAUUGCGGCAAAAGACACUCAGGGUUGACAUCUGCAACACCAGCAAGUCGGGCCACGAAGAGUGUCUGGCGGGAGCCCAGAUCAGCCUGGCUGAUGUCAGCUGUUCAGAGGAGAAAUGCACCAAGUGGUACAACCUGCUGAGUCAUGCCUAUAUGCCCGAGAUCAACAACAAGGACAAAGAGAGCCGAGCGGCCGGAGGCUCCGACAGGCCUCGUGUUUCCAGCAGUGACGGAGUCGGAGCUCCUGGGGACGAUGGGUGGCAUGGCAACGCUCUGGACAUGUUUGAUGAUGAAGAAGGAAACGGCGUGGAGGGGGUGGGGCCUCUGGAGGAAGAGGACGAGUUUUAUCCCGACAGCAGCCAAUGGGAAGCAGAGGAGGAGGAAGAGGAGAAGGUGACCAAACCUCCUCCUUAUUUUGCAGCAGCCAUCACAGAAAAGGUCAACAAGGAGACGAGCAUGGACAACAUGUUGCCGUCCCACCACAGCUCGGUGGUUCGACCCAAGGAACGGCGCCCGGACGUCCACCAGCAGAACCCGUUCAUGAGGGGGAACACCAUCAUCCGCUCCAAGACCUUCUCCCCAGGACCGCAGAGCCAGUACAUCUGCAGGAUUAAUCGCAGUGACAGCGACAGCUCCACCCUCUCCAAGAAGUCUCCAUUUGUCAGAAACGCCUCAGAGAGACGCAGCAUGCGCAUGAAGAAGCCUCCUGUUCAGGUUAAAGGUCUGGAUGGUCUGCUGCGGACGUCCCUGGACCUGGAGUUGGACCUGCAGGUGUCUCGGACGCGGCAGGCCCGCCUGGCGCAGGAGCUGCGGGUGCUGAGGGAGUUGAAGACGCAGCUGGAGACGGCGAGACAGCAGGGCCGGAGAGAGCUGCCGGCCUGGGUCCAAGAAGACGAACGCUUCCGCAUCCUCCUGAAGCAGGCCGAGAAACAGACUCGUGAGGAGCAGCUGCAUGAGAAGCGGGUGGAGAAGAUGAUGAGAGCAGCAGCCAAGGAUGUCCACAAGAUCAGGGGCCAGAGCCGUAAAGAGGUCCCCGAGGUGCAGACCUUCAGAGAGAAGAUGGCGUUCUUCACGCGAGCAAAGAGCAACAUCCCCGACCUGCCGGCGGACGACGUGUAGAGAAGCAUUUCAAAGUAUUUCCCCCCCACGAGUCUUAACCUGCUGUUCCCAUACAAAUGAAGCAAAUGUUUGGCGGUGUUAUGAAGAACUUUAAAAAACAAUAAUAAUAUGUUUAGUAGAGAAAACACUCAAAACCGUGAAGAAGCACAUUUUUAAAGAGCUCAGCAUUUCUAAUGUGGAUAGUCUUUCUUUGUAAAUUAGUGAUAGCACGGCUCGAGCUUCUUUUUUUAUUAUUUCACUCUCUCUUCCACUUUGUGUUUCUGUUACUAACAGGCUGUUUAUACGCUCGUAGGUGUUUCAAAUCAUUCCAGCACAAAGUCACACAGCUGCACAAAGAGUUUUGUACUAAAAAGACAAAUUUGGCAAAUAUAUGUAUAUUAAUAGCACAAAACAAUGUCGAACGAUGGUACUAAACGAGCAAUUUAAGCUGAAAUAUCUCAACAGAGAUAUUUAAUAUUGAUUUUCAAGUAAUGCAGGCUUUUUUUUUAUUUACAUUUUGACAACUUUCUACGCAGACAAACACACCUGAAGCUUGUCUGAUGUGUACAAUACUUACAGCACAUCAGCGCCGGCGUCUUUCACCACACGAUACAACAACACAAGAGGAAAAACUGGAGCGUCUUUGCUUUACAAACAUUACUGAAUGAACUGGAUCUGAUGAUUCGAAGAUAAAAAAGUCGUCAUGAUUGUGUAGAAACAGCACUAACUCUCACUAACACUCAGGUAGUUGAUCGGAUAGUCUGCACUUUAAGAAACUUGAGGUAAAAGUACAAAAGAAAAAAGAAACUGUGGGUUUUUGGAGGAGGAGAAAGAAAUCCUCGAAUGCGCUGGAAUGAUUGUUGAUUGUCGAAACACACACAGGAAGUGAAGAUCGGAGGUAUUUUUGAUGACUGUGAACUAAAGGAGUUUUAAUUUC